UUAUUUAAUUUUUUUUCGUUUCUUGAUGUUUUUGCUGUGCUCCACGUGCGUUGUUGUAUCCACAUAAAUCGCUGAAAUUCAACAUUGAAGUGCGAACGCGGAACACGCGAAUUCCUGAGUUCCCGAAUUCCGAACGAAAAGCAUUAUGGCCCCGGCUUUGAGCAAGUUGGCCAACAACCAGAGCGCCAUCGUCGGCGUGGCGGGCAUGACGGCGGCCCUCUGGAUAAUCGCCUACGGCAAGAUGUCCAACAAGAAGAGAAAACCCGGCUAUGAGGACAAGAUCCAGUACACAAUUGCGGAAAAGAAGGAGAAGAAGGCGGCCAAGGCCCAUGUGAACUCAGUAUUCUUCAAGCAGCUGCGCCAGCUUUUGCCCAUCCUCAUCCCGGGCUUCUGGAGCAUCGAGACUGGCCUGCUCUUCCUGGUGGCAGCCGCACUGAUCGGUCGCUCGGUGAGCGACAUCUGGAUGAUCCAGAACGCGACUGUGGUGGAGAGCACCAUCAUACACAUGAACCGCACCAAGUUCAAGUCGGCGCUGCUUAAAUAUCUGACAGCUCUGCCAGCGAUCUCUGUGGUGACCAACGUCCUCAAGUGGAGCUUGGGCGAGCUGAAGCUGAGGUUCCGCACCAACCUCACGCAUCACCUGUACAGUCAGUACCUAAAUGGCUACACCUACUACAAAAUGUCCAAUCUGGACAACAGGAUAGCCAACGCCGACCAGCUGCUGACCACGGACAUCGACAAGUUCUGCGAGAGCGCCACGGAUCUGUACUCGAACAUCAGCAAGCCCGUGCUGGACAUCUUCAUCUACGUCUACCGCCUGACCGUCAAUCUGGGCGGCAAGACGCCCUCCAUCCUGAUGCUCUACCUGCUCUUCGCCGGCGUCUUCCUGACCCGCCUGCGCCGGCCCACCGGCCGCCUGACCGUCGAGGAGCAGAAGCUGGAGGGCGAGUUCCGCUACGUGAACAGCCGGCUGAUCACCAACUCGGAGGAGGUGGCCUUCUACCAGGGCAACGUGCGCGAGAAGCUCACGCUGCUGGCCAGCUACUCCAAGCUGCGCUCGCACCUGCGCAAGUUCCUCGAGUUCCGCGUCAGCAUGGGCAUAAUCGACAACAUCAUCGGGAAAUAUUUCGCCUCCAUUGUGGGCUUCUAUGCCGUCUCCAUUCCCUUCUUCGCCGAGAACCAUCCGCUGCUGUCCGGCGAGCAGAGCGGCCAGCGUCUGCAGGCCUACUACACCUACGGCCGGAUGCUGGUCAAGCUGGCGGAGGCCAUUGGACGCCUGGUGCUGGCCGGACGCGAGAUGUCCCGCCUGGCGGGCUUCACGGCCCGCAUGACGGAGCUGAUCAAGGUGCUGGGCGACCUGAACAAGGGCACCUACGAGCGCACCAUGAUCAAUGGCAACAACAUCAGCCAGGAGACGGCUGGCAACUUCGGGCCCAACAAGGGCAUCAUGUGCUUCGAGGACAACAUCAUACGGUUCGAGAAGGUGCCGCUGGUGACGCCCAACGGCGAUGUGCUGCUGCAGGAGCUCACCUUCGAGGUGAAGUCGGGCACUAAUGUUCUGGUUUGCGGCCCCAAUGGCUGCGGCAAGUCCUCGCUGUUCCGCAUCCUCGGCGAGCUGUGGCCCACGUGGGGCGGCAAGGUGACGAAGCCGUCGCGCGGCAAGCUCUUCUACAUACCGCAGAGGCCCUACAUGACGCUGGGCACGCUGCGCGACCAGAUAAUCUACCCCCACACGCGCGAGGACAUGCGGCGGCUGGGCCAGAGCGACGAGGAUCUCAUGCACUACCUGGACAUCGUGCAGCUGACCUAUUUGGAGCAGCGCGAGAACGGCCUGGAUGCCAUCGAGGACUGGAUCGAUGUGCUGAGCGGCGGCGAGAAGCAGCGCAUCGCCAUGGCGCGGCUCUUCUACCAUCGGCCGCAGUUCGCCAUCCUGGACGAGUGCACCAGCGCCGUAUCCGUUGACGUCGAGGGCAAGAUGUACAGCUACUGCCGCGAGGUGGGCAUCACGCUGUUCACCGUCUCGCACCGCAAGUCGCUGUGGGCGCACCACGACUACUACCUGCAGUUCGACGGCCGGGGCAGCUACGAGUUUGCGACCAUCGACCAGGACAAGGACCACUUUGGCUCCUAAGUUCUAUCGCCCGAUGACCAGCUAUCCAGAUUCCCAGCUGUAAACUUCGGUGUUGGGCCAAUCCCGCUUCAGCUCCUCCUCCUCCAUUUUGGUGCACUGUAUAUACCGAGAUAUGUAUAUAUUGCGAGCUGGAAGACCCUUCUUGCUUUCCUGUUUCAAUUGUGAUCGUUUCGUUUGUACGCUAUUCCACACUCUAUUCCGUUUUAAUAUAAUUACCGCCCUCCGCUGGCACUUUAGAUGUGUAAAAGACGUAAGCGUAAAGUAGUCGAGAUGGCAGACCUUAUAGCAAAUAAAUACCUUUACACCAACCGACCGCACAAGCCCCAAAUCGCGCAUAGAAAACAUAGUACAUAUAUAGUAAUUUGUAAACUACA